AUGAUGACUCGUCAAAGGCAUAACUGCGUGUAUGGCAUGACAAUUACGUGUCCAGCAAGGCUAACAUCUUUAGGCGAGCUAUUGCAGACUUCUGGUCUUAAAUUGCCGAUUGUGCUUGUUGUCGUGUCUUGUUGCCCAGAGAUGGAAAAGCAAACUUCUCCAGAUCCGUCCUCACAGAGUGUAUUUAGCCUUUGA